AUGAUUCUACCUAAGUUUGGUAGGCAGAUAUCUGCAUUUAGGUUCUCCAGACCUCUCCACUUAUCUCCUAUACUAAGAAACAUAAAGACGGGCUCCAACCAAGAAAAAAUCAAUUCUUUAGACAAAGAAAACUUCAGCAAAAAAGUUCAAGAAAGAAUAUCUAAAAUACCCAUUGAAAAUUUCAGAAAUUUUAGUGUAGUAGCUCAUGUUGAUCAUGGAAAGUCCACAUUAAGUGAUAGAUUCUUAGAAAUCACGGGCGUUAUAGAGCCUGGUACAAACAAACAAGUUUUGGAUCGUUUAGAUGUUGAAAGAGAAAGAGGGAUCACAAUCAAAGCUCAAACAUGUUCAAUGUUUUACCAAGAUCCUGUUACAAAAGAAGAUUAUUUAUUACAUUUAGUCGACACUCCGGGUCACGUUGAUUUCCGUGCAGAAGUUUCUAGAUCGUAUGCUUCCUGUGGAGGUGCAUUACUAUUGGUAGAUGCAUCUCAAGGUGUUCAAGCUCAAACAGUUGCAAAUUUCUUCUUAGCUUAUAGUAUGGGAUUGAAAUUGAUCCCUAUCAUCAACAAAAUCGAUUUAGAUGCUGCUGAUAUCCCCAAAGCUAUUGAACAAGUUGAAACCACCUUCGAAUUACCCGGUGAAGAUUGUAUCCCAGUAAGUGCUAAAACUGGACUCAAUGUUGAAAAAAUCUUACCUCGUAUAAUCAGUGAUAUCCCUCCACCAACAGGAUCUUUGGAAAAGCCUUUAAGAGCUUUAUUGGUUGAUUCAUGGUACGAUCCUUAUGUGGGGGUUGUAAUGCUUAUCCAUAUCGUAGAUGGUGUGAUGAAUAAGAAUAUGAAACUUUUGUCAGCUCACACUGGUAAAAAGUAUGAUAUCAAGGAAGUGGGGAUCAUGUACCCUAACAAAUUGCCUAUGGAAGGAUUAAGAGCUGGACAAGUGGGUUACGUGGUUCCAGGAAUGAGAAAUUCAAGAGAUGCUAAAAUAGGUGAUACUUUCUUUCAAUUAGGCAAACAUGAAAAUUUAGAGCCCUUACCUGGGUUCGAAGAGUUGAAACCUAUGGUUUUCGUGGGAGCAUUCCCUGCUGAUGGUAGUGAAUUCAAAGCCAUGAAUGAUGAUAUCGAAAAUUUAGUCUUGAAUGAUAGAUCUGUUACUUUGGAGAAAGAAACGUCUGGAGCAUUAGGUUUGGGUUGGAGAUUGGGAUUUUUAGGUUCUUUGCAUGCAUCAGUUUUCCAAGAAAGAUUGGAGAAAGAGUAUGGAGCCAAAAUCAUCUUGACAUCACCAACAGUACCUUAUAAAGUUCUGUACAGGGAUGGUACUGAAAGAAUUAUUACCAACCCUGAUCAAUUCCCUGCACUCACCCAAAAUAUUGAACAAUUGAUGGAACCUUACGUUGAAGCCAUAAUGACCAUCCCGGAAGAAUACAUUGGAACAGUUAUGUCUAUUUGUGAAAAUAAUCGUGGAGAACAAAAAGAUUUGGAAUAUUUGACUACCGGACAAGUCUUAUUGAAAUAUGAAAUACCUUUGGCCCAAUUGGUCGAAGACUUCUUCGGUAAGCUCAAAGGUUGUACCAAGGGAUACGCCACUUUGGAUUACGAAGAUAUUGGCUACAGAAAAUCCGAUGUGGUGAAAAUGGAGUUAUGUGUCAAUGGUGAACCUCAAGAUGCUUUAACUCAAAUCAUGCAUCGUUCACAAGUCCAAACUAAGGGUAGAAGUAGUGUAGAUAAAUUCAAGAAAUUCCUCAGAUCACAAUUAUUCGAAGUUGCAAUCCAAGCUCGUGUGAAUAAUAAAGUUAUCGCUAGAGAAACUAUUAAAGCCAAAAGAAAGGACGUUACUCAAAGAUUACAUGCUGCAGAUAUUUCUAGAAGAAAGAAAUUAUUGGAAAGACAAAAGGAAGGUAAAAAACAAAUGAAAUCUACUGGUAGAGUACAUAUAGAUCAUAACACUUUCCAAGAGUUCUUAAGAAAAUCAGAUUAA